UUCACCCGCAAGGGAAAGACAUUUCACCUUGCCAUAUUCGUGAUUCCAGGGAAAGCCUGACAAGUGAAAAUGUGUGAUCAAACAUUGCUUGCUGUGGCUAAUAUCUUUUUGAGAAGUUCUCUGUGUAUGAACUAUGAAGUAAAUAGAAGCAAAUCGGAAGGUUAUCUACUGAUGCAUUAUUACAAUUAUCCUCCAAACUUAACGGUUACUGAAGUUUUCAUAGAUAUAGUGUACAAAUCCUCAUCCCCAAUGGGUCCAAGAUUGUUUGAAGCUGCUGAAGCCUUCUACUUGUGUGCAGGGGUCGAUGUUAAAUAUGAAGAGAUAAUUGAAGCAACUUCAAUUGACUCCAGCAAAGUCAUACGGUCCUGCACUGCUCAGUUGCAGCUGCUACUGACAGGAGACUUCUUCGAUGAUAUAUGAUUUAUGUACUGCCAUGAGCCUCCUUGAACAACAGAGGUUAUCCGUAAGGAAGGGUUGCAGCCUUGGGGAGGAAGAGUAUAUUUAAAUUGUGAUGGGUUUAUCUGUAAUUUUUUAGUUUGUGUAGUUUGAUACUUUUUAAAAUACAGUAUACAGUACAUUAAUGUAGAGGUGCCAGUUGGCACCUUAUUUUUUUAAUCCAGCUUCAUAAAUUUGCCACUGAUAUCAGUGACAUUCCAAAACCACCAUUACACUGAUAAUGGUUGCUUUGGCACUAAUUGAGAUGUAAUUUUGCCUUGGUUAAAGGUAUGACACUGUUAAAUUA